AUGCCCCCUCUUGUGGAAUGCUGCCUUUGGGUUGCCGCUGCCCUCCUUGGGGCCAGCGCGUCGCCUAUUCUGGAUUCCUCCGGGGAAGAACAAUUUGGCGAGGAUCCCUCUUCCAGGAUUUCGCCAGCCAGAGACUUCCAGCUGGCCAAUUGCAAGCUUCUGGCCAUUAUGCUCCGGAGGAAGGCUUUCACGUGGAAGGAAGAGCUAUGUAAGGAACAAACAAUAUGUAGAAACAACACAGAAAUAAUACCCCAGAAUAAUCUCCGCUUUCCAAAGAUCUCUGUGGAAGAUGAAUGUCCCCCAUAUGGAUUCAACAAGGAGAGGUGCCUAAGAGGAAUUUCAAGUGGCCUUUAUGCAUAUCAGGCUUUCUUGGAAUAUGUAGAAAAAACUUUUAUUAGCAAAGAACAAGAAACCGCAUUUAUAUGGCCGAGCACAAAGAACCUGGCUAAUACCUUGAAGUCAAUGAUGAAUGCUCCAGAUACUGUAACCAUGCCUAAUCCAGUCACUAUGGAGGCCCUUGCUACACAGCUUGGAGUGCAUACUGGUUGGAAUAGGAAGGUUAUCCACUACCUCAUACUUCAAGAUUAUAUUUCAUUUAUGGAGAAAACUGUAAGGGCCAUUCGUGCUCUGUGAGAGGCUUGGAAUCUGAAGGUUUUAACUCAGGUGCAUAAAUUUUCACAUGAUCUGUAAUGAAGCAGAUACCACUGUUGUUCUCCUUUGAGAACUGAGCACGUUAACCUAAUAUUCUUCUUGAAUAUGUUUAUAUUUAAAAUAUUUAUUCAAUUUAAGUGCAUAUUUAUAUUUUUGAGAAUUACAACUUGUUUUAAAAGAACUACAGUAUUUUAAUUUUGGAUGAGUAUUGCACAGAUUUCAGUAUUUGCUGAACAUAUGACUUGAAACAUGAGUGUUAUGUAUAAAUUAUGUUUUGACAUUUUAUAAGCUUUAUUUAAUAUAUAUGAAAUAUAGAUUUUUAAUAAACAUUAAUUUUAUACAACUUCAUUCUCUUGCAUUUUAAUGUAUCACAUCGUAUGUCAUCUCUAUAUCAGAGUCACUCUACAGUCUCAUUUCUUUU